CCUCCGCUCGUUGACUUUGCACAGAAGCAGCUCAACAGGAACAAUACAGCAUCCUCACAGCGGUGUUAUUGUCACAACCAGCAGGGAAAGACUGUGUCAGUGAGAAUGGAGGAGUAUAAUUCCGGAGAUGAGGUGCUCUUCAAUGCUGAUGAGGCCAGCGCGUCUGUUAAAGAGUGUAUUGAAGGUGUCAUCGGUGGGACGGAUUAUAACCAGAACAAAGUGAACCAGUGGACGGCCAGUAUAGUGGAGCACACUCUCACUCACCUGGUUAAACAAGGGAGGUCCUUCAAAUACAUAGUAAAUUGUGCCAUCAUGCAAAAGAGCGGCGCUGGUCUCCACACGGCCAAUUCCUGCUACUGGGACACUGCCACUGAUGGAAGCUGCACAGUCAGGUGGGAGAACCGCACCAUGUACUGCGUGGUCAGCGUCUUCGCUGUCGCUGUGACUCUGUAACGGAGCAGAUCUACAGCUUGCUCUCCUGACGUCCAGAGCUGCACUUUGAAACGGCACGCACCGCGACCAACAAGCCUUGAAGAUCCUAUGUUGAUAAUAUAUGAUUGAAAUUAACAUACAAGUAGCUUAUCUCUCCCCACAGGCAUGAGCAGGUGAAAGCUAUGGUUUUUAUGAGUUGAAAGCCUGUGUCUGUUCCUCUGCACUUUGAGAAAUUGUAGAGCUAAAACACGCUGCUGCUCUGUAGGGACCAAGGCAGGGGCACAACCCGAGCCUGACGCAGACAACUGCUUGGAUCAACAAUUGUAAUUUGAACAUCUUGAUGUUUCUAGAAAGGGCAUAUUCUCUUGAUCAACUGUUUCCAGUUGUUGCUAUCAUCUUUCCACACUGUAAAAUACAGCAUUAGUUACUGUCAUGUUGUCUGGUUCAGUGCAUUCCCAACUAGGUAGGUCCUUGUCAGCUGAGCUGUAAUUUAAGAGUACUGUAUAGAAAAGCUCACUAUUUAUUUAAGGAACUGCCCCUUUAAAUGUAGUGUUUCUUGUUUUAUUAGGUAUUGCCAGCUUGCUACUUGUAUAAAAUGUUUUUAUUAGACCACAUUGACAUUUUAAUGUUUUAUAUUGACUUGUAACUUAAAUGGUUUAUUAAGAUUUGUGUUUUUAUGGCUGUGUUGAUGUGAAGUUACAGGCCGGAGUCCAACACUGGGGAUGUUUUUAUGUCGGAUCCUAAACGGUCUUCUCAGCUUUUCCCUGCAGAAUUUCUGGAACUCUGUUGCAACCAAACACUAUGUGUCUUUUCCUUUGUGGAGGCUGUUUGAUGAAUUAAUUGACGAAACAUGUCUUGUGGUCAGUAAAUGUAUUUAACAAGAUACAAAUUU